GACGCCGGCAGCCCCAGCGCCAAGCCAGGCUACGGCUAAGGAGUUUGUGGUGAAGUCGAUAAAUGUGUGACGACUACAAGAAAAUGUGAUCGAGGAAAAGAAAAAGGUUCAACCCGGAAACAGAUAUGGUGCAAUUGCCUGUGUGGCAGCAUGCUGCACCCGUUUGGGGUGGUCUUUUUCAAUUCUCGUCGUCGUAGGUGUUGUCACCGAUUCAUUUUGUUUCAUCCAGAAAGUGUAAACUUGUAUCAAAGCGUAUGAACAACAAAUACUAGACGAAGCAGUGGUCUCGAAGUUGUAGAGAGACCACGGCUUGUUUCUUCUGGUCCCAGUGAAAUACCCCAAUAUAUUGCUGUUGACAUUAUUUCUACCUGGUUUCCUCUCCAAAAUCGUGUUUUAUUCAUAGAAUCAGAUAAACACCUCGUCGCUGGUAAGAGGCAGGAGAUAAAGUGCUGAGCUAAACAUAAACUGCCAGGCAAAAUAAGGUUGCAGAGGGCAGUACAACAUCAGCAAGAAGAUAGGAGGUAGAGACCCCUGCGCAGUAGCAGGCAAACACUCCAGCCACAGAAGCUGUCAGACGAGAUCAGCAGCUGAGCCACAUGUAGAAGUGGACCUCGUAUUAAACGGACCUACAGCUAGCGAACUGAUGUGCGAUCAUCUAGACUAGACCAUAGAAUUCUUCGAACUUAAUAUGCAACACCGUCGAAGUUUUUACAACUGAUUUUUUUCCAGAUAAUGACGGAUGCACCUCGGUGCAUCAUUUUCGACUAAGAGAUGACACGCGACGAAUAUGUAGUAUGGGCUAGCAAAUCCCUUGGAAGCAACUGCAUGGUGUUCCGGCUGGACCCUUCCAUGAUGGAAGGGGGCUGGACCGUUCGAAUUUUUUCACAAAAUUCCGUUUUGGCUUUUCCACCGAUGUGGAUUGAGGUGUGCUGGCUGGCACUGGAAAUGAUUCUCUAUCACCGUGCCACGGAUAGUCUUUCCUGUGAGUGUAGCUGAGCCCCUUGGGGGCCUCCGUGGUGGUAUAGCCUUGUUGGGUCUAGCUAUUUCUGCUAGCGGGUUACCAAUUUUUGGACCGGGUUUUGGGGGGCCAGUCGUCUUCUGAAUACCGAUCGGCUUCUGCGGCCUUACAUCUCUUGCUUGGCUCUAGGCAAUGGCGGUUUGAACCCGUUACCCUACGACUAAGGAGGAGCGUUUGGUCCGGUUUGUGUUUUGCCUCUGCUUGCCAGAGUCGGGCUUGUGGAUGUAAGGCCGGCUUACUAGUAUGUAGCCUGGUUUGUAAGUAUUGGCACUACCCAACGGUCCGCAAAUUAUUUCUCUGAUCGGCCGUUCUCCGUUCUGAAAUCUGGAAUUGGGUCCAAGGGUUCCAAAAAUUUUCCUGGUCAGCCUUGCUGUCUUCGACUAGCCCGCACAAAUUCGUGUGUGGGCGCUGUUUUUAUUUUCCAUCUUUCGCAACCUGUUCCUCCCCGUACAGGCUGGCUGUUGAGAGGAGUUGUGCUGAUUUGUGCGAAUUUAGUGUGUCUGAGACGUACCUUUCCUCUACUCGAUCUGGAAGCGCCUCUCCUGGGGCUACUAGUGUGAUUCCCCCUUUCACUUGAAUUUUAGCUCUAGCAUUUUCCAGAAUGCCGGUAUCUUUUCUUGACGGACAUCCAAAUGCUUUGCGAACUCCGGGUGCUAGUGGGGCGGGCCCACAAGCUUCGCAUGUUAGGACGUGGCAGAAGUUUAGGGCGGAGCAAGGCCCGUGGCUCUUUGUGGUCCGUCAGGCACUGUUGCUGUUUCCCCCGUCAGCGGGGCCGUUUUUGGUGAGAUGUUGGUAGGUGUGGAUGCCACUCUACUCGUUGAAGACGUCUCGAUAUUAUGCUAGUGCCACUAAGCUGCUGAUCCACAUGCCGUAGGGGUAGUAGACUCUUUAGCUGCCUUGCCGUUUGCGGUAGACCUAGGCUUUUGCUUCGGGAAGUGUUCGAUUUCUGACCGCGCAAGCAAAUAGAGAUCGAAAUUUGGAAAUCCUCUUACUUCUUGUCGAGGGGGCCGUCGACGAAACAGGUCUUCCGCCGAAGAUGCAACACCGUCGAAAUUUUUACAACUGAUUUUUUUCCAGAUAAUAUCACACAAAAGGUACUAUUAACAGUGAACCCGAAUACAAUAAACAAUUACAACCGUGCGGGUACUUCUAAACCGACGAAAUUCUGGAACAGAAGCUAAUGCUACAACCGAAACUAGGGCGGGACCGCGUUCCACGUCUUGAUGUUUCGCGAUAUGAAAAAAUGCC